AUGCACGCUAAGCUGGUGCUCUCCAUUUUUGCCCUCGCCGGCGCUGCCUUUGCCCAGAGCGGCUGCGCCUCCGACCCCACCGCGUGGGCCACGAGUUGCUUGCAGAGUGCAAACUCAGCGAAUGGGAACGCGUGUUCAUCGACCAGCAACAGCUGUCUAUGCAAGGAAAUAACUACGAACGGCAACUUUGCUAUCUCGAACGACAAGUGCAUCUCAGACGGGUGCAUCAACGAUGGCUCGCCGCAUCCCACGCAGGACUACAGUUCUGCUUCUGCUGCACAGAAGACUCUGUGCGCCUCUUACACUGCGACUGCUGCGCCAGCCAAGCGUACCAACUGA